AUGACCAACAGCAGCAGGGAAUGCAAUUUUACAGCCAUCGAUGGAUUAGCAAAGACCCUGCAAUUGGGAUUCUCCAUCCCCAUCUUCAUUCUCGGCCUGGUUCUCAAUGCUGUGGCCCUCUGUGUGUUCUGCCGCUUUUGGAAGAAACAGACCAAAACCUCAGUUUACAUGAUCAAUCUCGCACUUGCAGACAUCUUGCUGCUUCUCUCACUCCCACUCAAGCUUUUCUACUCUGUCCAAAUCGCGCCCGGACUCCUGUGCUCAUUCAUAGAGUCUCUCUAUUUCGUCAACACAUAUGGCAGUAUCUUCAUCAUUGUCUGCAUUACUGUUGACAGAUACCUCUGCAUAAGGAACCCAUUUAAAGGUCGAGCUAACCAAUCCCCCAGAUGGGCUAUCUUGAUUUGCUGCUUCAUCUGGGCAGUAGCUUGGCUCUGCAGCAUCCCAAUAUAUGCGUUCCACAAGACAUAUGAGUCUAAAUGCUUUUUCAACAUGUCAGAACAGGCGUGGAGUACCCCCCUCAUUGUUCCUUUGGAAAUCUUUGGAUUUCUGAUCCCACUAGCAGUGAUGGUUUUUUGCUCUGCCCAAAACAUCUGGAUUCUUCUGAAUCGCAAAAGUCAGGAUGAAAAGAAGGUAGAAGGCAGUGGCUCCUUACGAGUCAUUAUCAUCAACCUCAUCGUUUUUUUGGUGUGCUUCACACCUGUCCACCUUGCAAUCUGCCUACAGUGCCUGGUAAGACAGCAAGUAAUAGUGGACUGCAGCCUGAAACAAAACAUCAGCUUCUUCAUUCAGGUGUCAAUGAUAUUAGCUAACCUGAACUGCUGCCUGGAUGCCAUCUUUUAUUACUUUGCUGCAAAAGAAUUUCGUAAGAAAACACGCCUGGAAAAGGUUAUUGAACUAUGUCCUAUGUUUAAGCAUUGUGCCACAUGAUGGUACUGCUUGUGGUGGAAGAACACCUCUUCCUCA